UUUUUGAGGUUAUGUUAUUUCAGUGGCAUCUGUCAUUUCUUAUUUACAAACAAAAAGCUUGUUUUUCUUUGAUUUAAACUUUCUAAGGUUUUAACAACAUGAGUAAACCUGUGGUAAUUAGUGGAGAGGCUUCAGAAACCGAUAGCGAAGAUGACGUUAAAAUAAUACCUGAAAAAAAUAUGGCAAUGUCAGUGCACGGGGCAGUAAUAAAUGGGGAAGAUUCGGAAUCAGAAAACGAAAACGAUGGCAGUAUAUGCAGUGCCGAGUCUGCUUUAAACCAGUCAAACUUAAACGAGGACCUCAAACCAGUUAAAUACGACUCACUGCUACAUCAAAAACUAAAGGAAUGUAACAUUAAACUCCGGGAAGAUAUGGAGUCGCAGUGUGACCAUGUUAUAGAGGAAGCCGCUAAAAGUUUAAACACAAUCGAUCAACAGUUGUUACGAUCUCAAGUAACAUUGCAAAAUGCUGCAACUGCUAUAAAAUCAUUGGGAGCAACAUCACUUUCAUUAAAAAAUAAGUUGCAGUCAUUAUUGUCAGCUAAAUUCCUACCAAAUAUUACUGUUAGCAAAUAGAUCACAUUUAUCUAUAAAUUUAUAUAAAGUUUUAUUUUAUAUAGGUAGACUUAAAU